GAAAGCAACAACUUUAACAGCUUCUCAAAUCCGUGUUUUCAAAACACAGCUGAUUUUGUCCGAUUGACACAGCUGAUUUGAAAAUGGUCACACUGUUUUGUUUUAUUUAUUUGUUUUAAUAUGGACCACGCGACAGCGAACUUAACGGAGUUUAUCACAGAUCUGGUUGUGCCCCACCAGAGAUGCAAUGUUAACAUCAUCUCGGACCACAUCACAAUGCUGGAUGGUACAAAGAUGAAGAAGCAGCACACGCGGAAGCGGAGAGCCCACAAAUCAACGACUUUGAACCGGCGGGAAUAUGCCCAGUUGGGCUUAAACACGCUACCUACAAAACAGAUGAAGUAUGAAGAUGCACUGCCACUUAAUAAUCUUUGGAAGGGAUAUGUUCGAGAGCACUUGGGAUUGAGAGAAGGCGAUCAGGUUCCCCAAGUCCACGAUUCGCGGUACGAGGAAUUCAGCAAGCAAUUGGUUAAAAUGGAUCUGCAUGGCGCGUUGUUGACCGUUAUUCAAUCUAAAUGCAAAACGCUGGAAGGACUAUGUGGCAUAUGCGUAAUGGACACAAAAAACAUCCUAAAGCUUCUUGGUAUUGACCAUCGUAUAAGGUCCAUACCAAAGAGCGAAUGCGUCUUUGGCUUACAAGUAGGAAACAUGGAAUUUACCAUCUUUGGCCAACACCUAAACAUUCGACCUGCGGAAAGAAGUGUUAAAAAAAUAAAGAAUUAUGUAGAACCUUUUAUAUAAAAUUAACAUUUUUUAUUAUUAGCUAUAAAUUAUUGUUAGAAAUCCUAUUGUUACCUUUGUAAUAAAUAAGUCCAUUCACGGUCCAAAAAA